AUGGCUUCUGGCAAAAGCCCAGCAUCGGACUUUACUAGAGUCUGGUCAAAAGCGCUCAGCGAGUUCUAUGGACAUACAGAUAUCAACCUGGAAGAUCCGUCGAUUGCACACCCACAGAGCGCAGAGGAGCUGAUCGACUAUUUGCACACCGAACACGAGGAAUUCGGCCACGAUACGAAGAGCUCUAAGUUCACUGAGGUCAUGAAGGGCGCCAUUGGACCGUUCAGGUUCCUGACUAGCACAGUCGGAAGCACUGCGGCUACGAUGUUCCCUGGUGGCUCACAGGUGUUGGCGGCGGUAGGGGUACUGGUCAAUGCGGCUCAAGGCGUCACUAAAUCGUUCGACGCUGUCGGUGGGCUCUUUGGUCGAAUCGAAGCCUUUACCCACCGGAUGAGCGAGGUUAGCCAUGAGAGAUUGCCCGAGAACCUAAUUCCCAUCUACCAGGCAAUGCUUGUCAGCUUGCUGAAGGUUUGUGCUCUUGCAACGAGGCUGAGCUUCAAAAGCCUGGAGGGGGUCAAGCCUGGCGAGCCCAAAUUCUUUCGGAAGCUGAAGAAGAUGGCAAGGCCUGCUGUUUCGAAGGUCGCUGAAUAUCUUCGGCAGCUUGCCUUAGGCGGUAAUGCUGAGAUCGAUAGUGCAAUAGGUGAGCUGCAGUCGCUAGUAGAGAAUGAAUCGCUCAUGAUGCAAGCCGUCACCUUGCGGAAGUCCACUCGCAUUGAGUCGGUUGUUGUUGACAUUAAAGGCCUCAACAUCAGGCUGGACAAGGCAAUAUACGAAUUGCAGGCAGACAGUGGCGAGAUCCGUUUCAGAAUUACGAUCAUGCAGCAAUCCCUGGACAGAAUCGAGGCCACAUCGGGCACGGCUGCUACUGCAGCUGUUUCCACGAAAGAAAUCAUCACAGAAAUGAAGCUGACAACGACUGCUAUCAAAGCAGCUCAAAGCAAGCAAGCGACCAAAUCAGACAUGGAAGCGAUGACGGCAAAGAUAGACAAGCUCUUGGAGAAGGCUGGUGGUUCGACGACACAGCAGUCAGCAUCCGCGCCUACAAAGGCAUCAGUCUCCCGAGAAGCGAAGCAGCGUUCCAAGCUCGAACUCGAUCUUGGCGUCAAGGCGGCCAGAAUGGCGAGUACGGCCAUCUUUGAUCGGAUGAAUGACGAUCCUGGCCGCAUGGAUGGCACCGUAAAGCGGGUGAUGCAGGAACGAUCCUUCCAGCAGUGGCUUGAUGGCGAAAUUCCAGUUCUGCUUGUCAGCGCGGACUCGGGCUACGGCAAGACGUACUUGGCCAGUGGGCUCAUCGAUGAACUACUUGCCAAGUGCAAGCAGGGUACCGAGUCCACGCACAAGUCGGUAGCAUACUUUUUCUGCGAUAAAAGCCAGGCGGAUCUUCGAUCCGUGAACACUGCUCUUCGGGUUUUGGCGUACGGGGUUGCGCAGAACGACAAGGUGUAUGCCAAAUACCUGGCAGAUCUGCUCGAGAAAGGCAAGCUCAGGGCGACGGGAGAUGGCUCAUAUGGCGUCGCCGAAGAAAACCCUCCAACAACUAAUGCAGACGAACCGGACACAAGCACUGGCUCGGACCCACCUACCGAGGCACUACCUGACAUUGUGCUCGCUGACAGCCUGUUGAAGGCCGUACCAGAAUCCGAGCAGUCUCAGCCCACUCAAGAAUUUACGACUGAUGGCGCGUCGGAUGAACAGCCGAACACGCAAGAAGAAGGUCCGGGAGAGCAACCAGCUCUUAGAAUUCCGGAAAGGCUUGAUCAGAUGGUACGCUCUCUGGCCGACGGCACACCACUGGAAGAAGAGUACGAGGAUAGUAUUCUACGCUCGACUGCGGCGGUGUGGAAGAUACUGUUCCCGAGCUACUUUGACGACGAAUCUGGUACGGCCUACCUCUUCAUCGACGCCAUCGAGGAGUGUUUAGAAGCACAUAUGCUUGCCCUCAUUGCUGCUAUAAGGACGUCAGCUCCUAGUAACACGCCAGCCAGCCCCUCGAAGGUACAAGUGAUGUUCUUCCUGAGUUCCGAUACCGCUAGACAUAUCGUACCCGUUCUUGGCUCUUCCACAACACAUAUCCCUCUGAACGUGAGGCACACGGAAUCUGAUCUGGACCACUGGGUCGUGCGUCGUCUUCAGUCUGCUUGGAAGGGCAAGCUUGUACGAGAGCAGUUAUCUCAAGAGGUCAAAGAGAAGAUAGUUGAGCAUUGCAAAGGGAACUUUCUCAUGGCAACCCUCCUAUCAGAAGAGAUAUGCUCGCUGAGCAGGGAAGACGUGAUAAGAAGGACGCUUGCAUCGCUUCCUGUAGAUCUUACGGCUGCAAUGCUACUAAUAAUUGAUCGCUUGUCUCGGCAAUUAUCGGUUGAGGACUCUGAAGAUCUACGUGACAUACUGGCAUGGAUAGCUUGCUCACACCGCGAACUGAAUCUUGCGGAGCUCGACGCGCUGCUAACGAUGCGGCGACCGUCAGGGGCCGCCCUGAUCGAUCUUGAAGAUCGCCUACGCCGCGCCCUUGUUUCACUAUUCACUGUGUCCGGUGAAAACACCGCCGCUGACCAGUCCGCAGAAGACAGAUUUAGAAAGCGAUGUCAAGUGGAUACCCGCAACUCCGCAAGUGACUACGAAAAGAAGGGAGCCCAUGGCCGCGAGUCCGAAGUUGUGCUGUCCGACAUUCCACCAGCGGAAGUGAAGCUCAAGCAGACACUCUUACGAAUGGCGCAAUGUUGGGUACAGAUUAGCCAUAAUCGUCUUGCCGAGAAGAUACAGGAACGUCAAAUACAAGCAGGAAUCAUAGGCUUUUCGACGCAAAGUAUGCAGGCCAUGACGUUAUUGGGCUGUCUAAAAGCACUCUGCAAUACCGCCGGCCUUAAAGACCGUGAGACGGUUGCCCGAGCCUGCGGAUAUGCCGGAGCCUACUUGCCCGAGCAUCUCAACGACGUCGCAGUCGAGGACGUGGACGGACCGAUGAAAGCGCAGAUCGGCCUCUGCUUGGUCCGCCUGCUUCGCGACGAUGCGUGCAUAGAUAGGUGGGUUGGAGCUGCUGCUAGCUUCCAGACAAGUGACUACCUGCGCAGUAGCGAGGCACGUGGCAGGAUACUGCUCUGGCUCCAGGACCCUGACGUACAAGAAGCGCUCAUACCGGAAGACAAGGAAUGGACCGCAGCUGUGCUGCGUAGCCCUAUCCCAGUCAUGUUCGAAAGGGGCAGCUCGUGGCCACGCACGGUCGUGGUUAACGGUUAUUGA